UUGUGUGUAUGUGUGUGAGUGUGCGUGUGUGCGUGUCUGAAUGCGAACAAGUUGCUAUUCUUUUUUUUUUUUUUUUUUUUUUUUUCAGUUUUGGAAACAUCUUUGUCUUAAUGAAUGAAGGUGUGGAAGUGAAGUCGGAGCCGCAGCACGUCAGGGGAUAAGCCAUAAGCAGUUCAGGAAAACAUGCUGAAGACCUUGACAAAGAAGCUAAGACGACAUUCACUCAAUGAGAUACAUCCCUUCCAACUCAAGAUUUCUUACCAUGGCAGUGGAGAGGGAGGGGAGAGCGAUGAUUCAGAGGGUGAGAACCAGGAGCUUGCUCAGAUUGAUAGAGAGAGACGGAGGAAUUGUGCCCUCACUCCUUUGGCCACCAGCCAGCAGCACAACCAGGGUCCUCUCUCCCCGGCCCGUCUACGACGCCUCCGCCUCCUUCUAGAUGCUAACCUGGAUCGUCACUCCUCAGAGGAAGAGCUUGAGCGAAUCAGCUGUGGUGACAACAGGAAAUGGGCAUCAGCACUUCCCCACCGCCAUAGCGACCACCAUAGCAGCGCCUCCAGCGAUGAGGAGGUACGGGACCUCUGCGGCUGUGGGUCACCAGCUGCCUCUGCCAGGCCUCUGGUUGAGCCUGGGGCUUGCCUGGCGGCUUCCCCCAGCCCCGUGCUCUUCAGCUCCAGCCCACCACACAGCCUCAAGCCACCCCCCAUGCGCUUUCAGCUCCAGGUGGUUCAGCCAGUGGCGCGUCCCAUAAUUUUGACCCACUUUGACCAGUCAGCGGCACCCUACCGAAAGUAUCGACACAGCUACGGCGGGGAGCCAGGGAGGCCUAGUCUUGACUUAGAGAAAAUGCAACAGAAAAUGCUGCUGAAAAAGAACUGCGGGGGGAAAACACGGACCAUAAAGAUACGGAAUUUGACUGGCACUCGUCCUCCGCCCAGGUACACCUACGAUCCCUCCAUCUUCGCCUUCCGGUCUCUCAGCACAGCACCCCCUUGCAGCCCCUUGACUCCGUCUGAGGAUCCUCCCUGUUCAUAAGAAAAUUGCCAGAUGCCGCUCUCUACCCUCCUCAUUCCCAGACUGCUGCAUAAUGUGGCAGAGACCAAGGAGUGACUUUUAUAAGACUGAUUGCUAGGAAGACAUUUGACAAUGUUUGUCGAACUGUUGCACACUCAGGUAAUCCCGCUCUCUAACGCUGUCACUUUGAUCUUUGCUCUCCAAGUGGAAUCACCAGGAACAUUUUGAGAAUGGCCUAAACCACAGUAUCAGGCAACGCGGUUUAAGGAUACUUCAGGUAUUGCUAAUGAAUAGCUGUCUCUCAAAACAUCCUGUGAGUGAAGCAGGAAUGAUCGAGAAACCAGUACGGACUGUGGACCAGAGAUGGUACAAAGGGACAAAGUGAGCGUUUUGAAACAGACAACUUGAAUUUAGUUUGGGGUUGAACAAUUUCAAGGGAAAUGCAUGUAAGACAAUCAAAAGGUUCCAAGGUUUCUUCCUUUGAUGUGAUUUCUGAACACCAUGUUAGGUUCUCACCAACUUUGUAUACUAAACAUGGCGAGAUGAAUCACCUGACAUCUUGUCGUUAAAAUCAACAUAGACAGUGGUCACAUUUGUAUGAUGUAGAUCUCGUCUGUCUGAAGAACUGCUUUGUUGGAUGUGUUAUUUGAAUAUGCAGGUCAUGAUGAGCUAUAACAAAAUGUAUGACUGUAGUUAAAUAGUCAACCUUUGACCUUUGAUGAUGUACCCUUAUUAAUGAAUUGUGACUUUUAGUCCAGGUCAAAGUCAAGUACUUGUGUCCUCUUUCCCUGCAUGAAUUCCACUGUUUUGCAGAAAGAGACUUAUGUAUAAAUAAGGAAACCUGAGAAUAGUUUGCUGCACAACAUUUGGCAAGUCUAAUUGGUGCUUUGUUAUGCAUAGCCUACAUGUAGUGUGCCAUUUUUUCCAAUAUUGUACCUCAUUACUUUCUAGGUAGAAGAGGGCCACUGGUAUAUGUAAAACAGCCCAGUGUUUUCUAAAAAUCUCUUAAUGCCUUGACAUGACAUUCCUGUUGUAUUGAAUGUAAUUUGAGGUAAUACUAAGCUCUUGAAAUUCAACAGAUAAUGGGAGUACAGUACAGACGCCGAGAGAACAGGUUUGCUCAAAUAACACCGUGACCCAGUGCAUAUGAAUGUAUCCCUUGUUGGAUUGUGUUUAAACACAAUGUCACCACUGUUAACUAAGAUUCGCUAAAGUGAAUGUAACAUUGUGACAUGUCUUUGUCCCUUGUUGCAUAAAAUGAACCAAUAAAUGCCCUGUGGCCUCUUGUUUAGGAGGUGAUUUUCA